CAAACUGUUAAGGAGUGUUGUGCUAGGAUUGGACGGGUGCGCUGAGUGUUUUGGCUACUUAAAACACAAAAACUAAAAGCAAUUAAGUAUAUAAAUUGUAAUACAAGUGCAUACAGGAGCGGACUUUGAGGCCCUUUGUGUCUCUAAAUUUAAACAAAUUUGAAGUGAAGUGACAAACAAUUAAAAUAAUGUCACACUCAGUGCAACGGCUUUACACCUUUUGUUUGCUGACUCUACUAUCCACAACCUGUAUGAUCAGCGCCGCCAGCAUCAAUGCAGAUAUCAACAAUGGAGCUGACGACGAAAGCGCGCUCAAUUUAGAUCAGAAAAACAAUUAUUGCCUACAAAAUGUCACCUACUAUGAGGAGGUACCUGUAAACAAAACCCGCAAUGUGGUGGUCAAGCCAACUGGAGCCUUCAGAAUGUUUAAGAAAAACAAAAUACAGGUGGAGGAGUAUGUUGAUAUAGAGAAAGUGCCGCACACACGCCUCCAGAACGAUUGCUGUGAGGGCUACGCGAUGACUGCCAAUAAGACAUGUCAACCCGUUUGCGAACCAGGCUGCCCGGCGAACGCCUUCUGUCGCGCACCCCAAAUGUGCCAGUGUCGACGCGGUUACGAUGCUAUUAAAUCUGCACUCAACGGUACCCACUACUGUGAGCCACGCUGUGCAUCUGGUUGCCCGAAUGGCGGCAAGUGUGUAGCGCCCGAGCUGUGCGAGUGCGCGGCUGGUUACCAAGCUAAGGCGGGCAGCUGUGCCCCAACUUGUGCCUCAGAUUGCUUGAAUGGACGCUGCGCGGCGCUGAAUCAGUGUAGCUGUAAUGCGGGCUAUGCCAAAGAUUUGAGGACCGGUGAGUGUGUGCCGCUGGACGAUUGCGGUGUCGUCAAGUGCGAAGAUGUGGCAAGCAGCACGGAGUCAACCACCGAUUAUACCACACUUGUCAAUUCAGAUGAGUUGGAUGUGACCGAAAUAGACUUGGAUGCUGGUAGCGGUAGUGGUUCACACAGCGACGGAAAUGACUAUGUUGAUGAAGGUAAUGUGCUUUUUCCCAGCUACGAGGAAGACACGAAUUGUACACUUCAGCCCUGCCUCGGUAAUGCUGUCUGCAAGCUGGUUGGCCGUUGCGCAUGCGCUGACGGCUUCAUACGCCAUCAACCGGCGCCAGUGAAUGGUGUUGAGGUGGGCCCGAUUUGUGCGGCUGUCGUUGAACAGGGUGAACCUUUGCAAGUUGACAGAGUUAGUGGUGAUUUAGUGGGUGCGUUCUUUAUUGUGGUGGGCGCGAUUGUGAUGAUGGCUGCCCUGGUGUUGUUGCUGCUCAAGUUGUGGCGGCAUCAGCGUGGCUCACUGGAUGUGGAAGGCAAAAGCGAUAUGUGCUGUAAAUAUGAGAAGAAUAGCUCGAGCUCGGACAGCGGCCAUGUGGACAUGAGUUAGGAGAUGGCUGUGUAUUCGUGAUUUAUUAGUGCUUGUAUGUAUUUUUAGACUGCAUUUUCGUACUUUUUAAGGUUUAAUUAAUAAUUUCCCUGCCAUUGAAUCAUUUAUUGUAAAAAAUUUACGUUUAUACAAAAUAAAAUUAAAUAUUUAUAAGUUUUUUAA